AUGGGGAGAAAAAAAAAUGUUGUUACAACCGAAAUUCCUAGCGAUUUUGAAUCGGUUGAUGGGCUACAAGAUUCUGACAACGAAGAAGACGUUGUGAACUCAAGAUCACUUGUAGACGAAAAUGUUUCUACUGUAAAUAAUAACGAUGACGAAGAAGAAUCAAUGGACGCAGAAGACAUUGAUGAUUCAAAUCAAUCUGAUAUUUGGGAGUCUGUUAGUCGGCCAAGAUCGGAUUUUAUGUUUUCUAAAAGCUUUGGUCCAAACAUUCCAGAUACAGCGAAAUCACCAUUAGACAUAUUCUCUUGUUUAUUUUCUUCUGAUCUAUUGGAUCAUAUUGUACAUCAAAUUAAUCCGUACAUUUCUCAAAAAAUGGGUAAGCAAGAUCCCAUCACAAAAGAAGAAUUAAAAAUAUUUUUAGGCAUUAACAUUCUGAUGGGUAUAAAAAAAUUGCCAUCUUACCGAGAUUAUUGGAGUGAAAACCCUCAGGUACGUGAUUCUUACAUAUCAUCUCUCAUGACUGUUAAUCGUUUUAGUUUUUUUCUGCCUCAUAUACAUGUCAACGACAACUCUAAAGAACCAAAGAAAGGUGAUCCAAAUGAUGAUAAACUGUAUAAGGUAAGACCACUUUUAGACGAGCUUUCUCGAACCUUCAAAGAAAGUUUCAAUCCUGGUAAGCACCAAUCUGUAGAUGAGUCUAUAUGA